GCGGCUGUUGGGGCACAAGCUGUGGGAUCGCUCUUCAGCGCAUGUGUCGGGCUUCAAAAUCAUAUCUGCGCGUCCUCGUAUUUAAAGCACGCACCGCAGCCACUGUUCUGAAAACCAUGAGGGCUGCACGGAAAAUCCCCGCGCCGCUUCUCACACCGACGCCUCUUCUCGCUCCCUUGAGAGCAUCAGAUACCGAGUGAAACGCGAGCGAGAGCAUCCACGCACGCGCGCGAGGAGGAGAUUGGACACCUGAUUUUCGUGGGGUGUCUUUCGGGCGCUUUUUCACAUUUUAAGUGGAGCGGUCGGUGCGUUCGAAGGCCCUCGCUGUGCGUCGGGGCAGAAACCCUGGAUUAUUAUCAGCAUGGACAAAUGGGGGAAAGAGGACGGAGCGCCGCGUUGACUUUUGAGGCGAGAGUCUCGACGCCAGCGUUACGCAUUCGCUUCACCGCGAGCGCCCCUUUUCGCUCCGCCAGUUCGAUUUACGCUCGCCGCUCCAUCUCGGCAUCAUAAAAGUCAAACAUCCGUGGAUGAGACACAGAGCAGGGUGUUGUCAGAGAGGGAUGAGAGGAGGUGGGGGGCAGUAUGAGGUGUGCGUUUUUUGGAAAAGCCGGAGAAAGACGGACGCCGAGAAGGUGCACUGAUGUGCGAAGACCUGCGACGCGUUGCCCUCCCGAGAAAUAAUUGCAAUUAGGGAAGAAAUGGCCUAGAUACAACACCGUCGACGUGCCGACAGAGGAUGCGAAAGACGAAUCGUGUUUAGAUGGACGGGCCAUCAUCAUCGUCAUCAUCAUCAUAAUUCCGGCGCUCGCAUCGGGUCUUUUAGGUGUAAUUGGCCCCGUAGCUGCAGCUCUGGACCCAUCAGGACUCCACAGACGACGGAUGAGACCACGUAGUCUACCUGAGAAUGCGACCUCUCUCUCACCAUGUUGUCCUAGGAAAACCUGUCCUCGGUUCUCGUUUUGCCUUUGUUGUCCCCUAUAACCCUCUGAGUUUGAGAUCCUUGUUUACACCCAGCAAGUCCCCGUGCUGCGACUAAAACAUCCUUUAUUUUGGACAUGUUGUUUUUUCCUUUUAAUGCUGCCAGCCGCCACGGCUAUGGUAGGAGACGCCAUAACUCUUGUCAACAGGUUUCUAAUCAUUGUCUGGUGUGGCUCCUGGGACUAGUGCUGCACUCGUCCCUUUCCUCGUGUCAACGGGUGGACUUGAAACACCCCAUAGUCUCCACAAGCUAUGGAAAAGUCCGUGGUAUCAGGAAGGAGCUCAACAACGAGAUCCUGGGCCCAGUAGAACAGUACCUGGGUGUGCCAUACGCCACCGCACCCAUCGGCGAGCGCCGCUUCCAGCCUCCUGAAGCUCCGGGCUCCUGGCAGGAGAUCCGCAACGCCACCCAUUUCGCACCUGUGUGUCCCCAAAAUGUGCAUGGGGUUUUGCCUGAGAUCAUGCUGCCAGUGUGGUUCACCGACAACCUAGAUGCUGCAGCGACCUACGUUCAGAACCAGAGUGAGGACUGCCUUUACCUCAACAUCUACGUGCCCACAGAAGACGGUCCGCUCACGAAAAAGCAGGACGAGUCUACGCUGAACAGACCGAGGGAUGAAGACAUCAGGGAUCGUCGUAAAAAGCCAGUCAUGCUGUUCAUCCACGGAGGCUCCUACAUGGAGGGCUCCGGAAACAUGUUUGAUGGCAGCGUCCUUGCCGCUUAUGGAAACGUCAUCGUGGUCACCAUGAACUAUCGGCUCGGAGUGCUCGGGUUUCUCAGCACAGGGGACCAGUCUGCGAAGGGCAACUAUGGCUUGUUGGAUCAGAUCCAGGCCCUGCGCUGGCUCAAUGAAAACAUUGGCCACUUUGGAGGGGACCCAGAGAGAAUCACCAUCUUUGGCUCCGGAGCCGGUGCUGCCUGUGUGAACCUCCUCCUUCUCUCCCACCAUUCAGAGGGUCUGUUCCAGAGGGCCAUCGCUCAGAGUGGAUCAGCCAUCUCCAGCUGGUCCGUCAACUACAGACCCAUGAUGUACACCAAGAUCCUGGCGAAGAAGGUUGGCUGCACCCACGGGGACAUGGCCGAGUUGGUGGACUGCCUGCGGAGAAAGAGCUUCAGGGAGCUGGUGGACCAGGACAUCCAGCCUGCGCGCUACCAGAUCGCCUUCGGACCCGUAGUAGAUGGGGACGUGGUGCCAGACGACCCCGAGGCCCUCAUGCAGCAGGGCGAGUUCCUCAACUAUGACAUAUUGCUGGGUGUCAACCAGGGAGAGGGCCUGAAGUUUGUGGACGACAGCGAGGGGGAAGACGGAAUCUCAGCAGCCUCAUUCGACUACACCAUCUCGAACUUUGUGGACAAUCUGUAUGGAUACACCGAUGUUAAAGAUAUCCUAAGGGAGACCAUAAAGUUCAUGUACACAGACUGGGCUGACAGGGACAACAGCGACAUGCGGAGGAAGACGCUCCUGGCCCUGUUCACGGACCACCAGUGGGUCGCCCCGGCGGUGGCCACCGCCAAGCUGCACGCUGAGUUUCAGUCGCCCGUCUACUUCUACACCUUCCACCACCACUGUCAGACCGAGGCCAGGCCGGACUGGGCGGACGCGGCGCAUGGAGACGAGAUCCCCUACGUGUUUGGCAUUCCCAUGGUGGGCGCCACCGACCUGUUUCCCUGCAACUUCUCCAAGAACGACGUGAUGCUCAGUGCCGUGGUCAUGACGUAUUGGACCAACUUUGCCAAAACUGGGGAUCCCAACCUACCAGUUCCUCAGGACACCACAUUUAUUCACACCAAACCCAACCGUUUUGAAGAGGUCAUCUGGACCAAGUUCAGCUCCAAAGACAAGCAGUACUUGCAUAUUGGCCUGAAGCCGCGUGUCAGGGACAACUACCGGGCUAACAAGGUGGCCUUUUGGCUGGAGCUGGUGCCGCACCUACAUAUUCUCCAGGUGUCCAUCAGUAGCACCCUGACAACUCGACUACCGCCCAGAGGACCCGGCCGCGGGAAGGGUCCUAACAGCCCCGGAACCCGCCCCACGCGGCAUCCUGUGAUCUCCACCUAUCCCCCCGACCCCGACCCCGAUGGUUCCGAGAAGCCCCGCUACCCUCCCUUCCCCAGCGAGACUAGGGACUACUCCACUGAGCUGAGCGUGACGGUGGCCGUGGGCGCCUCGCUCCUCUUCCUCAACGUGCUGGCGUUCGCCGCGCUCUACUACAAACGGGAUAAGCGCCACGAACUCAUGCAGAGGCGCCACCGCCGGCUCUCCCCGCACCGGGGCCCCAUGGGCACGGGCGUCAGCAUGGGCGUGGUGGGCGCCCCGCCGCACAACGACCUGGCGCUGAGCCAGGAGGAGGAGCUGAUGUCGCUGCAGAUGAAGCAGCAGCGGGUGGAGCUGGAGCACGGCACGCCGCUGCCUUCCCGCGUCCACGGCGAGCUGGAGCCCCUGCGCCCCCCCGUGUGUCCGCCCGACUACACGCUGGCCCUGCGGCGCGCGCCGGAGGACGUGCCCCUGAUGACGGCCAACACCAUCACCAUGAUCCCCAGCACCAUCAGCAGCAUGCAGCCCCUUCACCCCUUCAACACGUACCCGCCCGUCCCCGCCCCCUCCACCACACCCGUCCCCAGCCACAGCAACAAUGCCCUGCCGCACCAACACUCCACCACCCGUGUAUAGGACAAGACACGACCUCUGCCACCCCCGCUGGGUGGACGGAGAUGCACCACACAAACUGCUCCAUACAAACUUUACUCUCACCACCCUUCUUCUUCACUAUGUCUUCAUCACCUCUCAUUAAGCCCUUAACUAAAGCUGCAAUUUGUAAGAUUAGUAGCGGUGAAAUUCCUCUAUAGUGUGAGCAGAAUUCAAGAGGGGACCGAUUCAAACUCAGACGCUUGUCACCGUAGGCACAUCCCCAUUAAUGCUCUGUUAGUGUGUGGUGCUCAGGUGAGCCAACUAAAGUGAUGCUUUUAAGCUUGUAGCCUCUCUCCAAGUGGUUUUGAGCUAAUUACAAUCAGUCACGUAUCCCGCAGUACCGUAUGUGUAGCUUGCUUGUUUUGCACAUGUAUUGUUAUGUCAGUGUGAAACUAUGUUUAACACGGAACACAAGUAUUCAUUCUCUUUAAUUUUAUGAAAAGAUAUGACAGUAGUGAGCAGCAUAUGCCUCAACAAGCUGAUGAUUUUUUUUCUUUCCAAACUUACAAAUUGCAGCUUUAAAGGCCCAAUCUGGAAGCGAUGUUUGGCUCCCUGUGUUGAGCAUUCUGUCCAAACAGCUGCCUCUGUGUUCAUACAGUAUUUUGGAGCAUUCCGCUCAGUCUGACAUGCGUCAACAGAGAUCGGACGGUAAAAGAUGGACUGUAUGCACAGAGCAUGUGUGAUUACGCACCCGUCGAGUUUAAAACUUACAAUCAAACAAAGAUUUUUACAUCGACUUUGCAGCUGUGAUGCAGCGUACAGUAACAGUAAGUGACGGUUUGCGUUUCAGAAAUGUGUUUACUUGGAAAAAAAACGUUUCCAGAUUGGGGCUUUAAGUGAUGGGCAGUACAGGAAAUAACUGAAUCAUAACCAAGUCUGUGGGAUGCAACCUGGAAUCCAGGCUGCCCAUUAGAACUCACUGCAUCUCCUCCGCACAGGCUCUAAUCAUGUCCAUUACUUUUAUUUGUUUCCCACUCGGCAUCGCUGUGUCUGUAUCCCAGUCUCAAUUCAUUUAACCGCUUCUCUCUCUCGCACUUUUUCUCUGUCUGCAUCUACUCCUGUGACUCUUUGUAUUAAACCACUGACAUAAUCGGUUUCCAUCUCCAUUUCCUUCCUCUUUCUCACAAUCACCGCUAGACUCUUUUUUCCUUCUAGAGUCUUUUAUACAAAAACACAAAUGUAAAUGAUGUAUUAUUAAUAAAUUGUAAGGAUAUGAAUGAAAAAAAAAGAUAUUCUGAUAUCUCGUUUUUACCAGCAUUCUUGGUGCCAAGUACUGUGAUAAAGUUCCUCUUUCACUGGUGUCCAGUGAACCACCUGGAGAGGUCUAUCCUGACUGUAUCUUACAAAAGGAAUUACCAUCAUAAAAAGUGCCAACCCCGACGUCUUUUUUUUCAUCCAUGCACUUUUUUUCUAUUACACUCAAUGUUGCACUGUGGCUGGUCUCUUUUUUCAAGGGGCAUCAUAUCCAAUUUAUCCUCAUUUAAUCUGAAAGAGUAUUAGUUUUUCUCCCACCUUGUCCGGGAUAUUUGCAUGAUGUCGUUUUAUUAUUUUGAUGGAGCUUGGAAAGAGAAGUUUGUUUGUCAUUUUAAUAAUUUGCCUUGUUCUUCAUUGUUUGUUUCAUUUAAAAAAUCUUUUUCAUUUUAUAUUUUAAUAGUGGCUGCACUUUGUGGUACUUCAAAAGGUAUUAAAGAGAUGAAUAUUGUGUAAAACUAUAAUUAUAACAAAGAGAGUAAAUAUUUCCUCUUUAUUUUUUUUCAUUACUUAACACUGAGGCUGUGCUGCAAAACUCCUCGAAAGACUGAAGAAAGCUUUUGUUUUCUCCCCUACCUUUUUGUUGGCAACUGUCAAGUUUGCACAGUCAGUGUGUCUUAGUGUCACCUGAAGAUAGCACUUUUUUAAGUUACAAAAAAAGAAAACUUUACAUGAGUAGUCUAAAAAAGGUUUUUGUCUGUGACUGACAUUGACCACAUGCUUCAAGUGUUUGAAGACUGCCUGACAGUUAUCUUCUCAUCUGCUCUUUUGUUGUUUCAUGAGUCUCCCUUGUGCGAGGCGGGUGGAAGGAUGACAUAUAAUUAUUGGUCAGUCAAAAGGUGAGAGAGCCUUGUAUGCGCGCUUCACAUCUUUCGCACAAUUAAACACAGACAGGUUGCACUGGACAGUUCUGAAAACAAAAAAAACCCCAACCCCAGUGACUUUAGGACAACACUGGACAAAUGUCGACAGAUGCUGAUGACGAAGUGGCUCGUCAGUUCAGUCUCAUCUCUCGUGGAUGCAUUCUGAAAGCCCGAUCUGAAGAAAGCCACCUGUAAUGACAGACAUAACUAAUAAAGCAUAUACCAUAAAAGCAAGGCGAGGAUUAAUUCCCCCAAACUGUAAUGUUCUGCAUCCUGUCUGCUUAGGAGAACGACAUUGUGGAGCCAGACUGCCCUCUGUAACACUGGACUGGAGCGAGGCGCGAGGACAAAAGAACAAAAACCACCACCUGAAACAAACUGUACAUUUUUUAAAUGUAAGAGAACAACUGGAAUUUGUAAAUAUUAUGUUUGUCGUUUGAUUUGAGUGGUUGGCCGAAUAUUUUCUUUGUGACAACAGGUGCAAGUUUAGUUGACGUACAUGAUUUUAGCCGACGCGUAGGUUUUAUGUUUUAUUGCGUAAAUCUCAAAAGCAGAUUCAUGGAUCACAGAAUGGGGGCGCAACAUAGACAACAAAGGGGAUGCGUACAGCUGACAAUGAGAAUGAGUGAGAACAGAUAUUAUGGAAAUUAAUUACUAUCCCAGCAUUCAACAAAGACAGGUUGUAGGUCAAAUUAAUCAUUUUAUUAGUUAAAAAAAACAAACAAAGAACAUGAAAAGAUUGAGGCAUUUUUUGCAAGAUCAGGCUAAGAAUAAGACACAAUAAUUAUGAUGGUUGCUAUUUUAUCUGCACAUUGUUCUAAUUAUAUAUUUGAUUCCGCUCUUUAAAUUGCCCACGUUCCAUGAAGACAAUUGACUUUAUUAUUAUUAUUAUUGGUUAGCAGACAAUGGAAGCACACUCACCAUGUUUACACUACAGUCUUGAUGUUGGCUAAUAAGCAAAAAAAUAAAAAAUAAAAACAUUACACAAUCCAAAUAUGGUCUAGUACAAGCGUAUGAAGGUGAAUUGAAGGCUUGCACCUGUUUGUCUGUUUCAUUUCAGUAACCUGCUUGAUGCUCAAGAUACUGUGAGAGCAUAUGUGACCAGAAGGGGUUGGAAGAAUUAACGUUAAUAUUUCUAUUUCAAAUAGAGACUAUUACACACUGUAUGUUGUGUAUCUGAAUUGGAAAACAUUAAAAGAUAUUCUUAAA